CAUCAGUAACCAUCAUGGACUUCACCAGGUUCACUGUCCUCCUUUUAUUCCUGUGGACUGUAGAGGGACAGACCGCAAUCACACAGCUUCCAAUCAUGACCACAGCAGAACCACCCACAACAGAAAUGACAACCACAGCGGAUUCGACCAUAACAACUCUGACCACCACCACGGAAACAAUGACCACACUGGAAAUUACCACAGUAAGCCCAACCACGACCACCGAAAUGACAAUCACAAUGGAAAGUAGCACGACCAGCCCAACCACCGCCACAGAAAUGUCAGCCACAAUGGACCUGACCACAACAACUCCAACCACCUCCAUGGAAAUGACAACCACAAUUGAAACUACUACUACCACACCACUACCAACCACGACAACCUCAAACACACCUCAUCCGACGACAACUGCAACCACCACCACACCGGAACCCUCCACAACUACAACCACCACACCACAACCCAUCAUGAUUACCACUAUUACAACCACAGCACUGCAAACCAUGACCACAAUUACCACCACAGCUGAGCCAACUAUAACCACAACUACCUCCACCACACCAGAGCCAACAACGACUACAACUCCCACCACCACACCAGAGCAAACAACGACUACCACUGCAACAACCACACCAGAGCCAACCAUGACUACCACCACCACACCAGAACCAACCACGACUACUGCUACCACAACCACACCGCUGCUGCCCACGACUACAACUACCACUACCACACCAGAACAAACAACGAUUAGCACUAAACCAACAACGAUAAGCAGUACCACCACCACACCAGAGCCAACCACGACUACAACGACCACAACCACACCUGAGCCAACCACGACUACAACUACCACUACCACACCAGAACCAACAACGAUUAGCACUACCACCACCACACCAGAGCCAACCACGACUACAACGACCACAACCACACCUGAGCCAACCACGACUACUGCUACCACAACCACACCGCUGCUGCCCACGACUACAACUAGCACUACCACACCAGAACCAACAACGAUUAGCACUACCACCACCACACCAGAGCAAACAACUACUACCACUGCCACAACUACUCCAGAGCCAACCACGACGACCGCUACCACAUCCACACCGCUACCGCCCACGACUACAACUACCUCCACCACACCAGAGCCAACCACGACUACAACUCCCACCACCACACCAGAGCAAACGACUACCACUGCAACAACCACACCGGAGCCAACCAUGACUACCACAACCACACCAGAGCCAACCACGACUACAACUCCCACCACCACACCAGAACCAACAACGAUUAGCACUACCACCACCACACCAGAAGCAAACAACUACUACCACUGCCACAACUACUCCAGAGCCAGCCACGACAACGACCGCUACCACAUCCACACCGUUGCCACCCACGACUACAACUACCACCACCACACCAGAGCCAACCACGACGACCGCUACCACAACCACACCGCUGCUGACCACGACUACAAUUACCACCACCACACCAGACAAACAACGACUACCACUGCAACAACCACACCAGAGCCAACCAUGACUACCACCACCACACCAGAGCAAACGACUACCGCUAGCACAACCACACCGCUACCGCCCAUGACUACAACUCCCACUAACACACCAGAACCAACAACGAUUAGCACUACCACCACCACACCAGAGCAAACGACUACCACUGCAACAACCACACCGGAGCCAACCAUGACUACAAUUACCACCACCACACCAGAGCCAACCACAACUACCACCACCACACCUGAGCUAACCACGACUACAACUACCACAACUACUCCAGAACCAACAACGACUACCGCUACCACAACCACACCGCUACCGCCCACGACUACAACUACCACUACCACACCAGAACAAACAACGUUUAGCACUACCACCACCACACCAGAGCCAACCACGACUACAACUCCCACCACCACACCAGAACCAACAACGACUACCGCUACCACAACCACACCGUUGGCGCCCACGACUACAACUACCACCACCACACCAGAACCAACAACGAUUAGCACUACCACCACCACACCAGAGCCAACCACGACUAAAACUACCACAACUACUCCAGAGCCAACCACGACGACCGCUACCACAUCCACACCGUUGGCGCCCACGACUACAACUACCACCACCACACCAGAACCAACAACGACUAGCACUACCACCACCACACCAGAGCCAGAGCCAACCACGACUACAACUCCCACCACCACACCAGAACCAACAACGACUACCACUGCCACAACCACACCGCUGCUGACCACGACUACAACUACCACUACCACACCAGAACAAACAACGUUUAGCACUACCACCACCACACCAGAGCAAACAACUACUACCACUGCCACAACUACUCCAGAGCCAGCCACGACAACGACCGCUACCACAUCCACACCGUUGCCACCCACGACUACAACUACCACCACCACACCAGAGCCAACCACGACGACCGCUACCACAACCACACCGCUGCUGACCACGACUACAAUUACCACCACCACACCAGAGCCAACCACAACUACCACCACCACACCAGAGCAAACAACGACUACAACUACCACAACUACUCCAGAACCAACCACGACGACCGCUACCACAUCCACACCGUUGGCGCCCACGACUACAACUACCACUACCACAUCAGAACAAACAACGACUACCGCUACCACAACCACACCAGAAACAAACAACGACGACCGCUACCACAACCACACCGCUACCGCCCACGACUACAACUCCCACCACCACACCAGAGCAAACAACGACUACCGCUACCACAACCACACCGCUGCUGCCCACGACUACAACUACACUACCACAACCACACCGCUGCUGCCCACGACUACAACUAGCACUACCACACCAGAACAAACAACGUUUAGCACUACCACCACCACACCAGAGCAAACAACUACUACCACUGCCACAACUACUCCAGAGCCAGCCACGACAACGACCGCUACCACAUCCACACCGUUGCCACCCACGACUACAACUACCACCACCACACCAGAGCCAACCACGACUACAACUACCACAACUACUCCAGAACCAACCACGACGACCGCUACCACAUCCACACCGUUGGCGCCCACGACUACAACUACCACUACCACACCAGAACAAACAACGACUACCGCUACCACCACCACACCGCUACCGCCCACGACUACAACUACCACCACCACACCAGAGCAAACGACUACCACUGCAACAACCACACCGGAGCCAACCAUGACUACAAUUACCACCACCACACCAGAGCCAACCACAACUACCACCACCACACCUGAGCUAACCACGACUACAACUACCACAACUACUCCAGAACCAACAACGACUACCGCUACCACAACCACACCGCUACCAACCAACAACGACUACCGCUACCACAACCACACCGCUACCGCCCACGACUACAACUACCACAACUACUCCAGAGCCAACCACGACGACCGCUACCACAUCCACACCGUUGGCGCCCACGACUACAACUACCACCACCACACCAGAACCAACAACGACUACCACGACAACGACCGCUACCACAUCCACACUGUUGCCACCCACGACUACAACUCCCACCACCACACCAGAACCAACAACGACGACCGCUACCACAUCCACACUGUUUCCACCCACGACUACAACUACCACUACCACACCAGAACCAAUAAUGACUACACUACCACCACCACACCAGAGCAAACAACGACUACCUCUACCACAACCACACCGCUGCUGACCACGACUACAAUUAUCACCACCACACCAGAGCCAACCACAACUACCACCACCAUACCUGAGCUAACCACGACUACAACUACCACAACUACACCAGAGCCCACCACGACGACCGCUACCACAUCCACACCGUUGGCGCCCACGACUACAACUACCACUACCACACCAGAACCAAUAAUGACUAGCACUGCAACAACCACACCAGAGCCAACCACGACUACAACGCCCACCACCACACCUGAGCCAACCACGACCACUGCUACCACAACCACACCGCUGCUGCCCACGACUACAACUACCACUACCACACCAGAACAAACAACGUUUAGCACUACCACCACCACACCAGAGCAAACAACUACUACCACUGCCACAACUACUCCAGAGCCAGCCACGACAACGACCGCUACCACAUCCACACCGUUGCCAACCACGACUACAACUCCCACCACCACACCAGAGCAAACAACGACUACCACUGCAACAACCACACCAGAGCCAACCAUGACUACCACCACCACACCAGAACCGACCACGACUACUGCUACCACAACCACACCGCUGCUGCCCACGACUACAACUACCACUACCACACCAGAGCCAACCAUAACUACCUCUACCACUACCACACCAGAAGCCAACAAGGACGACCACAACCACACCGCUACCGCCCACGACUACAACUACCACUACCACACCAGAACCAACAACGAUUAG